CCCAACAAUAUAUAAAUCACUACUCUAACGUUUCACUGUAUAUAAAUCACAUUACAUUAGCCACUGCCACAACAGCGGUCGAUCGUCAUGGUGCAGCCUCGUUUCCUUAUUCUCGCUUUCCCAAUACAAGGCGUUAUCAACCCAACUCUAAGCUUCGCCAGCAGACUCGUUCGAGUCAUCGCCGGUGCACAAGUCACCUUCGUCAUCACCGUCCACGCGCACCGUCUCAUGACCAAAAGCCGCGGCGCCAAAGGAACGGGCUCCGCUACACCGAACGACGGGUUGUCCUUCGCUCCGUUCUCCGAUGGCUACGACGACGGAUUCCCAGAAGGAACUGGCAUCCAUGGCCGCCUUGUAGAAUUCCGGCGCCGGGGUUGGCAAGCCCUGGCGGAUAUCCUUGAGUCUGGGCUUAAUAAAGAAGGGCGUCCGUACACUUGCUUAGUCUACACCAUGCUCCUCUCUUGGGCUGCUGACGUGGCGGCCGAGCAUAAUGUUCCGGCGGCGUUGUUUUGGGUACAACCGGCGACUGUGUUUGAUAUUUACUAUUAUUACUAUCAUGGCUAUAGAGAAAUCAUACGUGACAAUAGUAAAACCUCUUCUUUUUCGUUAUCAUUUCCGGGGAUUAAACCACUUGCCAUGAGCCUCGGGGACCUUCCCUCGUUCAUGGCGGACUCCGGUGACUCUUAUUUUGUUACACAGUUUCAAGAAAUGUACGAAGAUCUAGAAAAAGAAGGUAACAACACGAAAAUAAUAUUAGUGAACACGUUCGAUGAGUUGGAGCCCGAGGCAUUAAGAGCUGUAAGUAAGUUUAAUUUGAUUGGAAUUGGGCCACUGAUUCAGUCUCCGACACCAACUUCAUUUCAGAGUGAUCUUUUUCAGCAAUCAUCGCAAGACUACAUCGGCUGGCUCAACACCAAGCCUAAAACGGCAGUCAUUUACGUGUCGUUUGGGUCGUUUGGGAGUGUUUCGGUAUUGUCAAAGCAUCAAAUAGACGAAAUAGCUAAAGGGUUGCUGGAAUUUGGUCGUCCGUUCUUGUGGGUCAUCAGGGAGAAAAGUGACCAAGGCGACGAAGAAGAAGACGAUGAGUUGAGUUGCAGAGAAGAGUUGGAAAAGCUUGGAAUGAUAGUGCCAUGGUGUUCUCAAAUGGACGUUUUGAGUAACGAGUCAGUCGGGUGCUUUGUGACUCACUGUGGCUGGAACUCGACGUUGGAGAGCUUGGCUUCUGGUGUUCCAAUGGUGGCUUUUCCGAAAUGGUCUGAUCAAAGGACAAACGCUAAGCUAAUAGAGGAAGAGUGGAAAACAGGGGUGAGAGUGAAGCCCCACGAAGAUGGAAUAGUUAGAAGUGAAGAGAUUAGGAGGUGUUUGGAGUUGGUAUUGGGAGGGAAGGAAAAUGCGGUGGAAAUAGUGAGGAACGUCAAGAAAUGGCAGAAUUUAGCUAAGGAAGCUAUAAGGGAAGGUGGCUCGUCAGAGAAGAAUAUCAUGAGUUUUGUCAAUAGGGUCAUGGAUAUGGUUACUAAUGAUUAAUUAGUUGUUGUUAAUUAGUUAUAAUAAAUUAAAGGUCAACAAUACAUAAUAAUGUAUAUAUAAUUACACUAAACCUUCGUAGUUACUCUAUAUUAAAAUAAAAAAAUGUAUAUCAAUGAUUAUACAUUGAAUUUGUUAAGUGUGUGCUAUAUUAAGUAUAUUAAGUAUUGGCAGAUCUCCCAUGAACAAAUUUUAGGACAAAGUUGGGAAUUUCUUUAAAAAAAGUAUUGUUAUUUGGUAUUUUAAGGCGUCUAAUAUUACAUGGGUGGCAUCUCAUGUUUGGUUAGCGAUACUUUAUACUUAUUAAAUUUAAAUAUGUAAGAUCCGAUAUUGAAUUAUACUAAUAGCGAUAUGUUAUUU